AGCUUAAUCGUUUAGGUCAGUUCAUUUCUUCUCACCAUGGCUAACAGGCGGAAAUUAUUAUACUUUCGUAUAGUGUUUAUUUUGUUGAAUUUUCAAAUAUGUAAAGGAGGUACAUUGACAACUGUAGCACCGAUUGGCCGUCUAGUUGGUGGUACUGAUGCAGCUCCAAAUAGUGCUCCCUUCGCUGUGUCGAUCCAAUUGGAUGGCACUCACUAUUGUGGUGGAAGUAUUCUGAACGCUAAUUGGGUUGUUACCGCAGCUCAUUGUUUAUCUUCAUCCACACAAGUUAUGAGCAGUACUCUUGUAGCUGGAAGUAUUUACGUUGCAGGCACGGCCGCUACAACCCAGACCCGUUCCGUUGAUUAUUUUGUUGUGAAUGACUUGUAUUUGGGUGGAACAGCUCCGUACGACAUUGGUUUGAUCUACACCAAAACUCCAUUCCAAUGGUCAAGUGCAGUGGCUGCUGUUUCGCUGCCCCCCAGCGGUGUGGUUCCCACUGGAAAUGCUUUAAUCUACGGUUGGGGUAGUACAUCGACAACAAAUACAGCUGCAUAUCCCUCCAUUUUGCAAGUUGCAACGGUCCCCAUAAUAUCUUUGGCGACAUGUGAAUCAGCUUUGGGGGCUCAAGGGAGCAACGUUCAUUCGACAAAUCUUUGCACCGGCCCUCUUACAGGCGGUAUAAGUAUUUGUACCUCGGACUCAGGUGGACCAUUGGUACAAACAGUAAAUGGUCAAAAUGUUUUGAUUGGUAUUGUGUCAUGGGGCAAAUUGCCAUGUGGCCAAGCAAAUUCGCCAUCGGUAUUUGUCCAAGUGUCAUCUUUUAUAACAUGGAUUGCACAGAACCAAGUAGUACCAUCCUAAAGGUCCCAAUAAAGUUGGGGCACAACUAAUAAAUCCAGUGGAUUUCAAAUGUAAAUACCAUUAAGUAUGUGUCGAAGGAAAUCCACUGGAUUUAUUAUUUGAUUCCAAUUAUUUUUCUAAUUUCAUUAUUGCAAAUAAAAUAAAUUGAUAAAGCAAUUAAUUCAACAACUU